GGGGGCGGUAAUGCUCCAGUUGUUGUUGGUCAAUAAAACUCCACUGUGGUUCAUGUUCAGCUCUGCGUCAGGGACAAACCUGUGAAUUGGAGCAUUUUUCGGAUUCCAAACUGUCUCUUCCUCAUCGAGCUACAAGAUCCACCAACAGAAUGGGGUUUACAUGUGACCAGUGUGGAAAGAUGUGGCCAAGUGCUUACAGACUGAAAGUCCACUACAGAACUCACACAGGAGAAAGACCGUACAGCUGUGACCAGUGUGGGAUGGAAUUUAAAAUGUCUUGUCAUCUCGAUCGACACAUGAGAGUCCACACAGGGGAAAAACCACACAGAUGUGAAGUUUGUGAAAAGGCAUUUUCCCAGUCAGGCACCCUACUAGCACAUAUGAGAAUCCACACAGGAGAGAAACCAUACAAGUGUGACCAGUGUGAGACGGUGUGGCCAAAUGCUUCCAGACUGAAAGUACACUACAGAACUCACACAGGGGAAAGACCAUACAGCUGUGACCAGUGUGGGAAGGGAUUUAAACACUCUAGUACUCUCAGUGAACAUAUAAGAAUCCACACAGGAGAAAAACCAUUUGAAUGUGACCAGUGUGGGAGGGAAUUUAGAAAGUCUGGUCAUCUCCAUCAACAUAGGAGAGUUCACACAGCAGAGAAAGCAUUUAAAUGUGACCAGUGUGGGCAGCAAUUUAAACACAUUGGUGCACUCAAUGAACAUAUUAGAGUCCACACAGGGGAAAGACGAUACAGCUGUGAGGUCUGUGAGAAGAAAUUUUCACAGUCAGGCCACUUAGAAGUACAUAUGAGAGUCCACACUGGAGAGAGGCCAUACGAGUGUGACCAGUGUGGGAAAACUUUCUCUGUAUCAUCCAAUCUAAAUAGACACAUGAGAACUCACUCCUGGUUGAUACUAUAUGAGUGUGACCAGUGUGAAGAGGCUUUUAGAACAUCCCAGGAGCUCUCCAGUCACUACAGAACACACACAGGAGAUGAACCAGAGGACUGUGGAGAAAGAGGGGAAGGAUUUCAGGUCUGUGAGGAACCAUCUGAAACAUGUCCAAAUGUUCCAGAGUGAAGAGAAAAGCGGCAGCUCUGACCAGUGUGGGACGACUUUGAGACAAGCUGGUCAUCUGAAGGUGCACCCUCUUGAACACACUAAAGGAGAAAGAGCUGCUGAGGCCGAAUCAAGUGAGACUAAAGUCAGACUCAAAAAGCUGGAGACCAGGCUUCAGAGACUCCAGACUGUGGAACUGAGCUCUGUGUAGUGUCAACAAUUAAAAGCUUUAAAUUAUAUGUAAAGAUUUUCUUUUCAUUAGAUUUUAGCUGAAGUUUGUCUAUGUUGUUUGUCAUUGUAUUGUUUUUCACUGCACUUCUCUAAUCAGAGACAGACCUGAAAUUGCACGUUGUCUUUUUAUUCUGUUUUGACUCUUGUUAAUAACCCACAACAUGUGUUUAUUCUUUUGAUGGCUGCUGUGAUGAAAAAUGUGAAGUAAAAUAUUAGAAUUAGAAUCUGUUUUAGUGUUUUGCAGAUGUAGAUAAUGUAAUAAUGUAGGAGACAAAACACAACUCCACAAAACACUGUUUUUGAGGAGGGAAAAGCAUUAGAACAUGACUUAAAGCUCAUAGGAGUCUAUUUUAUAUAAUAUAGGACCUUUUAAACAAGUUCAUCCAUUACAGUAUUAUAAUUAUUACAAGCCUGUUGAAUAAUUUGUGAAAAAGUGUUUAUUUGUUCAUGGUCCUGUUACAGAACAUAAGUUUGUAGUGUUCAGCCAUUACAGACGAGUGGGAAUGUUGUUGUAAAUGAAUGAAUGUGCAAUAAUCACCAGUU